UCAAGACUUGAAAUAAUGAACGUUAUACAAUGAAAUAAGUCAUUUUUUGUAUACUUGUCUAAAUUACUUGAGAAAAUUGUAUUGUAGAUUAUGAAUUAUGUAAAUCCAAAGGAUUAGUAAGACAUUCAGUAUAAUUUGAUGAAUGUAAGAUGAAAUGUAUUCAGAUUGUGAUGAAAUUAAGGACUGAAUGUAUAUUAUACAAUAACAAAUUGUGGUACACAUUACCUUUUAGUAAAUAAAAUAUUCUGUAUAUAUUUUGUGCGUUAAAUACAUGGAAUCUUCAUGAAAGAAAAACUUAUUUUUUAUCUACUAUAUACACAAUAUUCUAAUUGUACUAACUGUGGAUCAAUUAUUUUGACAUUUUGUUCUUUAAUUUAGAUAUAAUAUUGUAUUAUAUUCCAUUUUUAUAAGGUACUUUAUAGGGCCAGCUAAAUAAAUAAAUAAUGUAAUUCGUUUAUGUGUUUUUAAUCAGCUUAAACGCACCAAUAAGUAUAAAAAUAUCCAUCCAACAAGGCCAAAUUUAAAUCUUGCGUGACAUAAUAACUGGAUUUCGGCAUCAAAAUGUGCAGUCGGAGAUGAAACCGAAAUAAACCUCAGGCCUACUUGCGUGGGCGUCUACUAAAAUGGCCGAAGACAAGAAAAAGGAUGGUAGUGCCCUUUUAGCCAAAAAGAAAAAAGUGAAACCGAGGAAAUCGAGAGAUGCCGACUGUUGCAGUGUGAAUUUCUUGAAAUGCGUCCUACAUAUUUUCAACGUCGUAUUUAUGUUUGCAGGUAUUGGCGUGUUAGUAGUGGGAGCAUGGACCGUAGCGACCAGACAUCGUUUCGUGGCGUUGCUACCAACGCCAACGUAUCCAGCUAUCGCGUACAUGCUCGUGUUCGCUGGCGCCCUCGGCGUGCCCAUGAGUGGGCUAGGCUGCUGUGGACUGAAGACUGAGAAUAGAACCAGUUUACUCUGCUACACGUACUUCCUGUUGAUAACGUUCAUACUGGAGGCGGGUGCGGGCGGUCUGGCGUACUACUACGAGGUCGCUGUGGAAGACGAGUUGCGGGCGGAACUCAACAAUACGUUCUUGUCAAACUACGCGCUCGACACCACCAUAUCUAAUGCUGUUGAUCGCAUGCAGACGGAGUUCAAAUGCUGCGGCGCUGUUCGUUAUCAGGACUGGAGGCGGAGCGCGUGGCACGAGCACGACCCGCGGCUGCUGGUGCCGGACUCCUGCUGCAAAACUGUCACCAACCGCUGCGGCGUCAGGGAUCACCCCUCGAACAUCUACCACAACGGCUGCAUACGGCAGUUUACCAAUCACAUUCGAGACCACCUAAUAAUUCUGGCGGCGGUCGGCGUCGGAAUGUCGGUCAUACCGAUCUUCGGAUUCCUCUUCUCUUGCGUGCUCUACGUUAAAAUAAAACACGUUAUAGACUGACCUCGGCCUAAGCCGUCGGCCAGCAAGAACCGGAAAGUGUUCGAUAAAUCAGCCUCGGCCGGCGACUUGACGAAGUACCAAGGUCGAGUCAGCUCUCAGAGAAGAAUGGAAAGUUCUCGAACGAAGCGGAGCACGAAGCGGCCCCCAUGUCCGCUGCACCCCUCGUCAGAAAAAGGCGGCAACGUGCCUAUAUCCACUAUCAGCGAUAAUGUUAGCAUUUAGAUUGUAGUUUUUUUUUUUUUAUUUAUUUUUUUCACAUAACCACACCGAACUAAGGCGUUAAAACUAGAACACCUAGGAUCGAGCAUUUUCGAAAAAUUCUUUUCUUAACUUGGACCGACCGAGAAUCGAACACUGUGCAACGAAGAUUAUCAGUUGCUGACAGUAUAUUUUUAGAGUUCCGUAGCCAAUGACAUACUGAAUCUUUAUAAUGUUUAUAUCACUGUUUAUUAAUCUAGAUAUGCCAAAAAUCGUCUUUUACAGCUCACUUUCGGUAUUCGUUGUAUUUUGGAGAAAGGUAAUAUAAAAUAGUGAUCUUAAAGGUUAAAAAACAAUUUCAUUUCAGUGAAAUUAUGCAUCAAAUAUUCAGUUAAUAGAGUAUUAUACUAAAUUCCCGAUUUUCGAGAUAUAUCAGAUUUCGUUACUACAAUAGUAAAAUAUUUUCUUUUUUAGUAAUGCAAGAACUAAGUUUUAUAUCUUAAACAAUUGCUACGGAACCCUAUAAGAAUAUUAAUGCGUAUUCUGCAAACCCUUGGCCAGUUUUUACAGAUAAGUUUUUGUGCAAUAUAAAACAAAACUUCCUUUUUUUUUUAACUCUAAUUUUUCCAAUAUUGCAGUAUAAUAAUUAACAUUUCAUUUCAUGUGUUCAUUUAAUGUUACAUAACGGUAUAGAAUUUAAAGAGCGUUCAUGUCUAGCCAGUAGCUAAUUAGGUGUUAAACGUGACCGAAUUUAUAUCAAAAUGUAUCUAAGUCAUACGCUCGAAUAAUUAUGUUAGAUGAGAAUUGUUAUAUGUGUAUUUUAAGAUGGUGCUAUAUUUGUUAUAGAUACCUUAGGCCGUUGUGUACUUAACACGGUAGAAACAUCGAAGAAAUAAAAUAAACUCACAUACCUACUGUAAAAUAACUGUCCCACUCACAAAGUGGUUACACACUAAACAAUAACAGUAAAAUAUAAAUAAAAUAAUAUUUUCUCAAACAUGCUUGGAAAUGUGUGCAUUAUUUUGACAAUCUUCAAUCGAGAUAAAUCAAAAUUGCCGUACCGGCCAGAUACAUGCGGGCAGCGGCCGGCAAAUGUAUGAAAAUCCAUAACUGUCGUGUUUUGCAGCUAGAUAAAUUACUAUGUAAACUCAUAUCUGUCCUAUAAUUUAAAAAUGGAAUGACCUUUUACUUCGAAACAUGGCUACCAAGGAGGUAACUAAUAAAAGUUUUUAUUUAAAUUUCGAACUGGCUUGCAAAUAGAAAGCUGUUUAUUAAAAAAAAAACAAAGGAACAUUAUGGCGCGUGAAAAAUUAUUAUUGUUCGUUAUUCGUCAUUGAAUUUAAAAAGUAAAAUUGUGUUUUUGAUUUCCGCGCAUUGUUUGAGAAAAG